UGCUGAUGCAAGAGCUGAGCGCGGCGGCGAGGCGAGCAGGACUGGGCUGAGGCGAACGAGCCGGGGCGAUUGACUUCCUGGGCGGCGUUGUGGGGUUUUCUCUCUCUCUCUCUCCCCCCCCCUCCACCCCGAGACGGCCGCUUCUAAAUUUCUGCUUUGACGGUCAGGGAGAGUCGUCGCCAUGUCGGGAGACGAGAUGAUCUUCGACCCUACUAUGAGCAAGAAGAAGAAGAAGAAAAAGAAGCCUUUUAUGCUUGAUGAAGAAGGUGGUGAUGCACAAACAGAAGAGACACAGCUAUUAGAAACAAAAGAAGUAGAGCCAGAACCAACAGAAGACAAAGAUAUAGAAGCUGAUGAAGAGGACAUCAGAAAGAAAGAUGCAUCAAAUGAUUUAGAUGACUUAACCUUCUUUAAUCAGAAGAAAAAGAAGAAAAAAACAAAAAAGAUAUUUGAUAUUGAUGAAGCUGAAGAGGGACUAAAGGACCUAAAAAUUGAGAGUGAUGUACAAGAAACAGUAGAACCAGAAGAUGACCUUGAUAUCAUGUUAGGAAAGAAGAAGAAAAGAAAGACUGCAAAGUUUACAGAUGAGGAUGAAGUAUUAGAUAAAGAUGAAGCAUUGGAGGAUGAUGACAGCAAAAAAGAUGAUGGAAUCUCUUUUAGCUCUCUGUCAGGACCUGCAUGGGCAGGCUCGGAAAGGGAUUACACAUAUGAUGAGUUGCUGAAUCGUGUAUUUAACAUCAUGAGGGAAAAAAAUCCUGAUAUGGUAGCUGGUGAAAAAAGAAAAUUUGUUAUGAAGCCUCCCCAGGUUGUAAGAGUAGGAACAAAGAAAACAUCAUUUGUUAACUUCACAGAUAUCUGUAAACUAUUACAUCGUCAACCUAAACAUCUCCUGGCUUUUUUGCUGGCAGAAUUGGGUACAAGUGGUUCAAUAGAUGGCAACAACCAACUUGUAAUCAAAGGAAGAUUCCAACAAAAACAGAUAGAAAAUGUCUUGAGAAGAUAUAUCAAGGAAUAUGUCACCUGUCAUACGUGUCGGUCACCAGACACAAUCUUGCAGAAGGACACCAGAUUAUAUUUUUUGCAGUGUGAGACUUGCCAUUCGCGCUGUUCUGUUGCCAGCAUUAAAACUGGUUUCCAAGCUGUCACAGGCAAGAGAGCGCAGCUCCGUGCCAAAGCUAACUAGUUGGCUGGUUGACCCUGAAUUUUUGCGAAAUGAUCUGGGUGCAAAUGGCUGGACAGGCUUACAACCUGAGUGGAUUUCCGAUGUAUUAAAAACAAGAUAGUAAAAGCUGCUUUGCUUUGGGUUGGUCUGUGAGAUUCUUGCAAGAUCAGAUCCUCAAGCUGUUGGCAUUUGCUAACUGAAUAUUUUACCAACUGUCAAGUGAUGAGAAGGGAGGUGCUUUUUAAUCUGUUCAUAGAAUUCUGUAAAAUGCAAGAGAAAUUAAAGUUAUUAUAACAGUGA